AUGGAGUCACAGUCGAACAGGCCUCAUCGGGCCUCAAAGGAGAAGAAGAAACCAAAAAAAGGCGAGAAAAAUGUGAAGGCAUUCGCGGUCGCCAAUCCAGGCCGGCUUGCCAAACAGGCUGUGCGAUCAAGUGAUAUCAAAGAAAAACGGCUGCACGUCCCUCAAGUCGAUCGAAUCCCGGAAGAAGCACCGCCCAUUAUCGUUGCUGUCGUCGGUCCCCCGGGUGUCGGAAAAUCCACCCUCAUCAAAAGUCUCAUCAAACGAUAUUCCAAGCAGACCUUGUCCCGUCCCACCGGCCCUCUAACCGUCGUGACCUCCAAAAGAAGACGACUCACCUUCCUCGAAUGUCCCUCAGACUCCCUCGCUGCCAUGAUCGAUGUCGCCAAAAUUGCCGAUAUCGUCUUGCUCAUGAUCGACGGGAACUAUGGAUUUGAGAUGGAGACAAUGGAAUUUUUAAACGCCCUGAGCACUUCCGGCAUGCCGGGCAAUGUCUUUGGCGUCCUUACACACUUAGAUCUAUUCAAGAAGCAAAGCACACUCCGCAUGGCGAAGAAGAGGCUAAAACAUCGGUUUUGGUCCGAAUUGUACCAAGGCGCAAAACUCUUCUACCUCUCCGGCGUGAUCAACGGUAGGUAUCCUGAUCGAGAGAUCCAUAAUUUAUCACGGUUUCUCUCGGUCAUGAAAAAUCCCAGACCGUUGAUUUGGAGAAAUAGUCAUCCAUACUGUCUGGCCGACCGUUUUUUAGACGUCACCCCCCCCACUGAGAUCGAGGAAAAUGAAAAAUGCGAUAGACAAGUCGCUCUCUAUGGCUAUCUUCGAGGCACCAACUUCCCAGCGGAUGGGGCACGAGUCCAUGUCCCCGGCGUAGGAGAUUUGACCGUCAAAGAGAUCGAAGCCUUACCGGACCCAUGUCCGACGCCUUUUCUCGAUCAAGCUAUUGCCAAAGCUGCUGGAAGAUCGAACCAACGAAGAUUGGGCGAGAAACAAAAAGUAUUGUUUGCUCCCAUGUCUGAUGUUGGCGGAGUUCUGGUGGACAAAGACGCUGUCUAUAUUGACGUGAAGACAAACACAUUCGAUCGAGACGCUGAAGAUGCUGACAGUCGAGGACUUGGUGAGCAACUUAUGAUUGGCUUACAAGGUGAACGAAGGCUCCUAGGAGACGUGAAUACGGGAGUACGGCUAUUCCACGGCGGCCGACAUCUCAUAGGGGGUGAUGAUGCGGACAAUGAUAUGGGUCGAACAGUCAAAAGAGGUGCUCGCUCGUUCAAUCAGAGCGGUGAUUUCGAUGAGAAUGUCGAAGAAGAUGACGAUGAGGGAUUUGUCAGUGGAGAAGGCGAUUCUGAAGCGGAAGAUGAAGAUGAAGAAGUCAGUGAUUUUCCUGGGCAUACGGGACGACCAGGUGUGGCUGAAGAAGACGACCUUGACGAGGACGGACUCGAAGACGGCCUGGCUUUUGCUGAGAGCGAUUCCGACAUGGGUUCCGUCUCUGGCGAUGAAGGGGGAAGUCAAGAUUUAUUAGACGAUGAGUCUGAUUUUGACGGAGAGGAAGAUGACGGUGGUCUUCGAUGGAAGGAAAAUCUUAUGGAAUAUGCCCAAAAGUUACAUUCCACGAAAGUUUCUUUUCGUGCUGCAGAUCUCUCCAAACUCAUGUACGACCUGACUCUUUCUCCCGCCCAGGUACUGGCGAAAUGGCGGGGCGAGAAAGACCGGCAGGAUAUUACGGCUAAAGACGACGAAGAUGACGACACUUUUUUCCAAAAAGCAAACACGGAACAGGAGACAGAUCAGGAGGAUCGACAGACCCCCAGAUAUGAUUUUGAUCAGUUGGCGGAGAAGUGGGAAGAUGAUAACCAUGUCCAAUCUAUCAUGGCUCGAUUUACGAGGGCUUCUUUCGCCACUGGAGCUAAUGCGGAUUUCGAGGCAGAAGGGGACGCUGGAUUCGACGACGGCGCCAGGGACGAGUCCGAUAAAGGAGAUGGUGAAUUCGAAGACUUGGAAGCCGAAGCUUCCGGAGACACUCCUGCUCAAACCGAAUUGACCCUGGAAGAGGAACGGGCAAGAAAUGCGAAACGAAAAGAAGAACUCCGAUUGAGGUUUGAGGAAGAAGAUCGUGAGGGUUUGGCCAACGCGAAGAAUGAAGUCAAGUCUUCGGAGCACGAAUUUGGAGAAGACGAAUGGUAUGAUGCACAAAAGGCCAUGCUCCAAAAGCAGCUCGAUAUCAAUCGAGCAGAAUUCGACAGUUUAGACCCCACUUCACGAGCACGGGCAGAAGGAUUCAGAGCAGGGACUUAUGCACGCAUCGUUCUGGACAAAGUCCCGUGUGAAUUCGUGCGAUCAUUCAAUCCUAAGCUGCCCGUCAUCAUUGGCGGUUUGGCACCAACGGAAAAUCGAUUUGGAUUUGUGCAGGUUCGCAUCAAGCGACAUCGGUGGCACAAGAAGAUUCUGAAAACCAAUGAUCCCCUCAUCUUUUCUCUGGGCUGGAGACGGUUCCAAACACUACCGUUGUACUCGAUAUCGGAUUCUCGGACGCGAAAUCGAAUGUUGAAAUACACCCCCGAGCAUAUGCACUGCUUCGGCACGUUUUAUGGGCCUCUAGUUGCUCCGAAUACGGGGUUCUGUUGUGUUCAAUCGUUCUCCAAUGCCAACCCUGGAUUUCGAAUUGCCGCCACUGGUGUCGUAUUGAACGUGGAUGAGACGACGGAGAUUGUCAAGAAAUUGAAACUGACCGGAUAUCCCUACAAGAUCUUCCGGAACACGGCCUUCAUUCGCGACAUGUUUAAUUCGUCGAUUGAGAUUGCCAAGUUCGAAGGAGCCAGUAUUCGAACGGUGUCAGGUAUACGAGGACAAAUCAAGAGAGCCCUGAGCAAGCCUGAAGGACAUUUCCGGGCCACUUUUGAAGACAAGCUCCUGAUGUCUGAUAUUGUGUUUUUACGUGCCUGGUUCCCGGUUCGACCUCAUCGCUUUUACAAUCCGGUGACCAACCUCUUAGAUGCACCACCCAGCGGGAGUGGUGAUGUCGUGGACGGAGAAGGGCGAGGUGUCGAUGAUGGAUCGAGUGGAUGGCAAGCCAUGCGUCUCACCGGUGCCGUUCGAGCGGCCAUGGGAAUACCCACACCACUUGUCAAAGAUUCAGCGUACCGCAAGGUUGAACGACCAACCCGGCAUUUCAAUCCAUUGAGAGUCCCUCGAGCUCUUGCUGCCGAUCUUCCCUUCAAGUCACAAAUCACUCAGCAGAAAGCGCGCAAGGCGCCGACGUAUCUUCAGAAACGAGCCGUGGUCUUGGGUGGUGAGGAGAAGAAAGCUCGAGAUCUGAUGCAGAAAUUGCAGACGUUGAGGAACGAGAAGGCUGAGAAACGUGCCAAAAAGCAGGAAGAAAGGCGAGCGGGCUAUCGAAAGAAGGUGGCCGAGAAUCUGGAGAAAAGAGAGGAGAGAGAAAAGAGAGAACGGGAUGAGUUCUGGAGACGGGAAGGACGCAAACGCAAGACGACGGGGGAGGGUGGCGGUAGCGGUGGAGGUGGCGGGAAACGGUCGAAGCGAUCCUGA